UCGGUGGAGAAAAAAUAACCGCUUCCGUGUUGUUCUUUACGGAUAAAUAUCAUCUUAAAAUUAAUCAAGCUGGGAUUGAAUACUAUGAUGGUUUUAUAAGCCGAUACGACAUUAAAGAAUCAGCCAUCAUAAUGUCGUCGUCACAAAGCGCAAAGAAAAGGGACAAGCGAAUUCUAUCAGGUAUCUGCCCUGAUUCGAAAUGCCAGGCGAAGCUAUUCUUCCCUGCUUAUGGCUCAAUUAGCAUUGAAUGCACGGAGUGUGGCCAACGCCACGAGCAGAAGAAUCUUUUAAAUGUGGAAGAAGUAACCGACCCAGAUGUUGUGCUUCAUAAUUUACUAAGAAAUGCUUUACUUGGCGUUUCGGGAGCUCCGAAGAAAGGGACGGAGCUAGUUAAAGUGAUGGGUCUGUCCAAUUAUCACUGCAAACUGCUGUCACCGAUUCUUACCCGUUACGGCAUGGAUAAACAAACUGGGAAAGCGAAACUAUUGAGAGAGAUGAAUCAGGGUGAGCUCUUUGACUGCUCGCUGCUGGGUGGGAGGGCUUUCCUUAUAGAACAAGAGCAUGUAUCUACAGUUGGCUAUGGUAAGGACAGAUCUGGUAGUCUUAUAUACCUUCAUGAUACUUUAGAGGAGAUUAAGAAAGCCAAUAACAACAAAGAAUGUCUCAUACCAAUUCAUGUGGAUGGAGAUGGCCACUGCCUAGUCCAUGCUGUUUCCAGGGCAUUAGUGGGUCGUGAGCUAUUCUGGCAUGCACUCAGAGAGAACCUUAAACUCAGUUUCAAGCAGAAUCUGGACCGCUACAAGGCUCUCUUCCAAGACUUCAUAGACACUGCAGAAUGGGAAGACAUCAUCAAUGAGUGUGACCCUUUAUUUGUCCCCCCAGAAGGUGUCCCACUUGGCUUGAGGAACAUACACAUUUUUGGGUUGGCCAAUGUGUUGCACCGGCCCAUAAUCCUAUUGGACUCUCUUAGUGGCAUGCGGAGCUCAGGUGACUACUCGGCCACAUUCCUGCCAGGCCUAGUACCUGAGGAGCAGUGUCGGGGAAGGGAUGGCUCUCUAAAUAAACCCAUCUGCAUUGCCUGGAGCAGUUCAGGCAGGAAUCAUUAUCUCCCCCUGGUGGGCAUUAAGGGUAUGCCACUCCCUAGGCUACCUGCUGCACUGCUGCCCAAAGCUUGGGGUGUUCCACAGGAACUUAUCUGCAGGUAUGUGAGUCUGGAAUCUUGUGGAGGUUGUGUGAUUGGAGGUGACAGAAGCCUGCAGGAGAAAUACCUCCUUCGAUUAGUCAAUGCCAUGGAGGAUGUCUUCAUGGAAAAGCACGGCAUCCACCCUGCACUCGUGGCUGAUGUUCAUCAAUAUAUUUACCGUCGUACAGGGGUGAUUGGCAUUCAGCCAGAAGAGGUGAUAGAGGCAGCAAAGAAAUCAGUACAGGAGAAUCGUUUGCACCGCUGCCUGAUAUGUUGUGCUCUGUCCGAACUCCAUGUACCUCCUGAGUGGCUAGUGCCUGGUGGGAAGCUUUACAAUCUGGCAAAGUCCACUCAUGGCACUCUGAGAGGGGACAAGAACUACAGCUUCCCACUGAACAACUUGGUAUGUUCCUACUGCUCUGAAAGAGAUGCCCUGGAGCCCGACUACAAACUCAGCUCACUCUCCACUUGCACCUGGUGCCAUGGAACAUCGGUGAGGCACAUCCGUGGUGAUGGAUCAGUGGUUUACCUGGAUGGGGACCGGACCAAUACACGCUCACAGGGAGGAAAGUGUGGCUGUGGCUUUAAACAUUACUGGGAGGGGAAGGAGUAUGACAACCUUCCAGAGGCAUUCCCCAUCACACUGGAGUGGGCUGGGCGUGUAGUCCGAGAGACUGUUUACUGGUUCCAGUAUGAACUGGAACCAGUGUUGAACAGCAAUGUCUAUGAUGUGGCAAUGCGCCUUGUCACCAAGCACUUCCCUGGAGAGUUCGGCAGUGAGAUCCUGGUCCAGAAGGUUGUGAACACCAUCUUGCACCACACAGCCAAGAAGAACCCAGAUGAGUACAAUCCAGUGGCCAUACAGGGAAUUAACACACCAGGGCAAGGAGGUGGCGAGGUGGUGGAGUCAGAUGUAAACCCCCCAACAAAGAUCAUCCUUACAGGGCAGAAGGGUCGCACACUCCAUAAAGAGGAGUUGGUGAUGAGCCGAACUGAAAGAAACCUGCAACACAGCAUCAGCGAGCAAGCGGCUCUGUCCCAGCGCAGACGCACACAACGUCAACGUGUGCAGGAUCAGACUGCUGAGCCUCGCCCUGCAUCCCCUGCUUCCUCUGCAUCCUCUUCAGCUCCACCUACACCUACUAAAGCCCCACCAUCUAGUGGGGAAAAGAAGAUCCGUGUGACAACAAGUGAUGGGCGGCAGGCAACUCUACAGCUGCAGGCGCACACCACCUAUGCAGAGCUGCAGGGAGCCAUUGCCCAGGCCCUCGGUCUGCAGCCCCAACAGCAGUGUAUCCGGUAUGGCUUUCCUCCAAGGGAGCUACCCCCACCACCCCCUGAGCAGCAGGACCUCCCUGUGGCCCUACAGCAUGGAGACCGUAUCACUGUGGAGGUGUUAAGGGAGAAAGUCCCAGAUACUCAAACACACACUGCACUGGAAACGCACCCCCAUGACACACACACCCAUAACCCAAUGGAAUCCUGGCUCAGCAGGAGCAGUAGCCGAGAGAUACAGGACAACAUUGACCUGGAGAUGUCAUCACUAUGUCUCCUAGCAACACUCAUGGGUGAGGAUGUGUGGUCCUAUGCUAAGAAGUUGCCUCAUCUCUUUCAACAAGGAGGAGUCUUCUACAAUAUUGUCAAGAAAGACAAGGGUCUGUUGGAUGGGAAGCACUGCACUCUGCCACACUUAACUGGUAAGAUGUUUGUGUUCAACGCUGCGGAAGAGCGUUUGGAGCUCUGUGUGGAUGCAGCUGGCCACUUCCCUGUCGGCCCUGAUGUGGAGGACCUCAUCCAAGAGGCCCUGACUCAGCUCUGCUCUGAGGCCUCACCUUCUCGUAGUCGUGAGGGAAGCCCCUCCCAUGGCCUUAAACUGGGCAGUGGGGGUGCAGUGCGCAAGAAGGAGCAGACCAUCACUGCCUUCCAGGGUAAAGGUCAUUCACUGGGCUCCACCACUGUUGAGCAUCAGCCAAUUAGGCGACAGCACAGCAGCGGGGUGGACCUGAGUGGUAGUGUACGUGGAGAUGAGCUAGCAUUGUCAGGGGAGGAGCUUGUGUGUGUGGCCCCUGGCAUGCUCACAAUGCGUGAGGGGCGUGGUGGGGUAGAGCUAGAGCCAGCGGCGAUUGAGGCUCAACGACGACGCCUACAGGAGAUGGUGUCAAACAUACAGGCUUCUAUGGACAAACACUUACGGCAGCAGACCACACCGACCACCACUACAAGUACCACCAAUAGGAAUGAUGAAAAGGAGGAGAAGCCAGAUGAACAAGAAGAGAUGGAGAGCCAAGGGACAGAGCCUUCAGGCGCCUCUGAGCCCAUGGACCAAUCCUGAUGAAGUGUCCUCUCUCUCUCACACAUAUAUCAAUUUCUGAUUUAUGUAGUACACACACACACACACACACACACACACACACACGUAUGCAGUCAAUUGUAUACAUUUAUACAGAGUCAUUCUACUAACCCAUAGCAGUGCAGUGUGUUUACUGCUAUGUGUGUGUGCAUGCGCAUGUGCGCACGCAUUUAUGAGAAAUAGUCUUAAGGAGUUUGGUGUUGAGCAAAAGUAAUGGUUUAAAAAUAUUCUAUUAGAGCAUACAUACUUCAUAUAUGCGCUUUACAAACAUGCUUAAUUACAGAACACACUAUCAGGCUUACAGAGUGUAUGUGUAUAACUAAUUGUGUAUAGUCCAGAAUUGAUCAAAGUGCAUAUGGUGAUCAAUAAACAGAGCUUCCUGUAGCAAUUUGUAUUUAACCCCAAAGCAGACACACAAACACACCAUUCUUGACUGGUGGCAGUGGAAUGUUUAUAUCAGUUCAUAGGGAUGUGAAAUGUGUCUGAAUUGUUUUAAUCUGGCUCAGAUAAUACCAAUUAGUAUUGAUUAGAAUUUCCUCAACAGGCUCUGAGUGAUGUGUGUGCGUGAUGCUAAAUAUUCCUGAAGGUGGGGCUUGGUUUGAGUUCCUGAUUCCCAGAUAAAGGCUGGUUUUCGAUUGAAUUAGCACUUUUAGUGAAAAAUCCACUGGAGGCCUUCACCUAUCCAUUUUUAUUGUGACCAGGAUGUGUAUCUCUUUCAGAAGUCACAAUGUUACAAAAUAGAGCCAAAUAGGCAAAAUAUAUAUAGAAAGAAUGAAUAAGGCAUAAGGAAUUUGUUUAAUUUAGACUCACAGUGCUAUAUACAGAUUUGUUCUAUAAGACUAAUUUUGGUUUUAAAAUGCUGUAUCUGUAGUUAAUUCUCUGAAAGACACUUUAAUAAAUUGUAAGACUGGAGAUAAUGUGCUUUCUGUUUGACACUUCAAACGGUUAGAAGAUAGCAAUGCUUAUACAUUAUAAUAUGACUUAAUUGAAGCUUCUUAGUUUUUGUUUUAGGAUGCUGGAGAGGCUGCAGAUGUUUGCUAACAGGCAAGUGUUUUGCUCUGGCCACUGGCAAGGAUGGGAGUAGUGGAGAAGGAGAAUAUGUUCACAUUAGCCAGUGGUAUGGCAGCCUUUUACAGUGCAGGCUGCCAUCAGCCAUGCACAUACCCACAGCCUUAACAGUCAGUACAGUUUACCUACAACACAUAGUACACACCCUGCCUCCAUCCAUACCCGUAUUCUUUGCAAAGUGUUAUACAAGUUCUUAAUGGAGUGGUGCCAACUCUUCCAUCUAUCUCCUCUGUAAGGUUUUUGUUUUGUUUUGUUUUUUUAAAAUCCAAUAUCAGGCAGAUAAAAAGGUGCCAUAAAACAUUCCUCCACGCCUGGGGGCUAAAAGUACAGAAAGGAGGAGUAGCCUUGGAAUAUGAACUGGGUUUACAUAUGACCAGCUAGAUGAAUAAAAAGAAUGAAAAUAUUGUCUGAGAUGAAUAGGAUUUUUUUUCAUUUGCUUAAUGGCUUUCCCCUGAAUAUGUAGUAGUAAUAAUAAUAAUAAUAAAAAUACAAUAUCCAUCAGGAUGGAUAGAGUAUGUUUGUUAGCACUGCUCACAAAUAUUGAUAAUAGCUUGAUCAGCACUAAUAAUAAAAUAAAUUUUUUUUCCAACAUUUGAGUUUGAUUAUCUAACUGAUGGGGUGGUGGACUGUAAGUUGUGUAUUAUAGUAGUAUAUAUUGUAAAAUACUUUAU